AUGCAUAUUGCCCAAGAGGUGUCCCGACAGGCGGUCGGGGCUUUAGCCGCACUUCAUAGCCGAGGCAUUUGCCACGGAGAUCUCCGACCUUCAAAUAUUCUUCUAGAGCUACAAGGGUUGGAUGGCCUAAGCGAGGAGCAGGACUCUCAUCCCACCCCGGAGAUACCUUACGCUCCUAAAUAUCUCGUCUAUCCGCCUGACUUUUCCAAUCAGCCGCCGCCUGCCGCCUUUGGCAUUCCGGCCAACUACGCGGCACCAGAAGUCGUUAUCGAUAGUCUAGGCAACACGGCCAUGGAUCUUUGGUCUCUGGGCUGUACCCUAUACGAAGUACGGCUCGGUCGGCGAUUAUUUGACGUGUUUCAGCUGGCCGGCCUCCGCAAGGAGGAUUAUGUGGAUGAGAUUGCCUGUCUCCUGGGGGAACCUCCAGAGCCGUGGGCAGAGUACUACGAAUCGGACGACAGCUCUGACACCUGCACGAGUCCAUCUAAUCCGGCCUCCCCCGAAAAUGAAGAUAUAUAUGUCGAACCGCAAGUGCAACAUGCCCGCUCCAUUCAAGAGAAACUCCUUAUUUCAGAAGCCGAGGCCGCAACCCUGGCGGAUUUGCUGGAGAAACUGUUGAGAUACCGGCCGGAAGAACGGCUCGGCGCGCAGGACGUGUUAAAGCAUGCUUGGUUUCACACACAAUACCGAUAG